AUGAGAGAUGUAAAGCACCACAAUUUAAAGUACAUCAAUCCUACAAUCGACAAUUUGUGUGUACGUAUACGAGUGAUACAGUUAUGGACACUAUCAAAUUACGGAAAUUCUCCAUUGCCAUACUCAAUUGAGAUGGUUUGGCUCGAUGAAGACACGAUCUUUGACAAAGAGGUAAAACAAGUUUUGGGAAAGAGCUGUGUAGAGAUACUUGAUCCACUCCUAUUGAAAGGAGAUCUAUCGGAUACACCUACACUUUUACUCAACCUAAUUGAUAAGAUCUUUCUCUUCAUCAUUGAAGUUCAAAUAUAUGAUAUUUCAUAUUUUUCACCUUCUUAUAAAGUUAAGAAGAUGACUAAUAAUGUGGAUCUCAUAAAUAAAUUCAAAGAGACUCACCCUAUUCAAAUUGAUGUUGACUACACCGGUGAUUUGUUUCCAAUUUCAAAGACAUCCACAAUCAUUGAAGGAGAGAAAGUAGAAGGUACUAAGGAAAGGUACAACUGCCAUUUUGAAGCACUUGAUCGGACGCUCAGGGAUCUUCUGUCAGUUAUCGAUCAACAUAAGACACAUCAACCAUUUGGUGGUAAGGUUGUUGUUCUAGGAGGUGAUUUCAGACAGAUACUUCCGGUGAUUUCGAAAGAAAGUAGACACGAUAUAUUGGCAUCCGCUAUUAACUCAUCUCAGCUGUGGUCAUUUUGUAAGGUUCUGAAACUGCAUACGAAUAUGAGGCUUCUAAUGUCUUCUUCGGAUCAAGAUGAAGGUGAAAUGAAGAGAUUUGCUAAUUGGAUACUUGAUGUUGGAAAUGAAAAUAUUGGCUCUGUUGUUGGUGAUGAAUCAGAAGUUGAAAUUUCAGAUGAUCUAUUGAUUACAACUGCUGAUGACCCUCUCUCUCAUUUGGUAGACUUUGCAUAUCCAAAUUUGUUGCAAAACAUGUCAGAUUACAGGUAUUUUCAGAGUAGGGCAAUUCUUGCACCCACGCUUGAGAGUGUCGAGAAGGUAAACGAUUUUGUCUUGACAAUCUUUCCGGGGAUGGAAAAUGAGUAUUUGAGCUCUGACACAACAUGCCAAGCUGAUGAGAAUGAAGAUGUACAACAAGAGUGGUUCACACCAGAGUUCCUAAAUGACAUCAAAUGUUCGGGACUACCCAAUCACAAGUUGACUUUGAAGUCAGGAGUCGCUGUAAUGCUAUUGCGAAACAUAGACCGGACUUCAGGUUUAUGCAACGGGACAAGAUUAAUAGUUAACAAACUUGGCAGCAACGUAAUUAGAGCGGCGGUAGUGACCGGUAGAAAUAUUGAAAAUAAAGUGUACAUUCCAAGAAUGAACUUGAUCCCUUCAGAUUCAGGAUUGCCAUUUAAGUUCCAACGGAGACAAUUUUCAUUAACAGUAUGCUUUGCAAUGACCAUUAACAUGAGUCGGGGUCAAUCAUUAUCACAUGUACGGCUUUAUUUGUCAAAAUCAGUGUUCACCCAUGGACAACUUUAUGUUGCUUUGUCAAGAGUUAAGAGUCACAGUGGCCUCAGGAUUUUAAUUAUAGACGAAGACGGCAAUCCAAAGUCAUCAACAACAAAUGUCGUGUUCAAAGAGGUUUUCAAUAAUAUUUAG